CUUUAGAGGCUGGAAAACUAUUUAAGAGUGGGAGAGAAGUGAGCUAAAAACCGAAAAAGAGGCGCCUUUGCUUCGUCCUUACUUUAUCACACUCUUUCCUUGUGCUGCAUUAUCUCUUUGGUUGUUGUGAGUAUCAAUGGCUGGAUUGAAGGUGGUGUUUGUUGUUUUGGCCAUCAGUUUCAGCCUUGGAGGGAACUGGGUCGGAGCUCAAGUCCACCAUGUUGUCGGAGGAGAUCGUGGCUGGGAUCCGGCUAAUUCCGAUCUCACUUCUUGGUCCUCCAGCAAAAGCUUUAUGGUCGGAGACACACUCUGGUUUGCAUACUCUGCAGCACAUGGGUUCAUAGCAGAAGUGAAAAGCAAGGAGGAAUUCGAAUCCUGUGAUGUGAGCAAUCCGAUCAGAAUGUUCACAGAUGGCUUGGAUAGCACCCCAAUGGACAAGGAAGGACUCCGCUACUUCACAAGCAGUAACCCUGAGAGCUGCAAGAAUGGCCUCAAGUUACACGUUCAAGUUGUGCCUCAUCAGGAUCGAUCUCAAACUGUAAUGCCGAUAGUGGCGACAUCCGAGAUCUCUGCAUUGGCUGCAGCUGAAGGGCCAACUACUCCUUCUGGUUCAGCUCAUCUCAGUUCAAGUCUCAUUUUGUUGUCAUUUGGGUUUGCCUUGCUAUGUUAUGUAAUGAUGAAACAGCAGUAGUGGUUGCUGUGUUUGGAUGUAGACGGACUAGGAGGGCCUAGUUUUUUCAAUAUAAGAGAGAGAUGUGGUCAAGUUUGCUAUCUUUCCCAAUUGUGUAACAUUUCAAGGACUUAUAUGAACUUCACAUUUGCUG